CAAGGAAUGUAGAGUCUCCAUCCAAGUCGAGUCUGUCGAUUCAAAUCUCCAUUCUACUUUCAUCCGCCUUGUCUCUUUUCAUGCGUUGCUUCUGAGAAGCGCCGUAUUCUGCGCCGCUGAAUCUUCUUCGUAUGCAGCUGUCACACCCGCAGUUCCGCGUUCGUCGGUUUUUUAGUACACGCAGCAAGCAAGCGAGAUUGGAACUUCGCACUAUUAACGUGUAGGAAACGGCGGGCUGUGACGUCAUCAUGCCGUCCACGCCUCGACUCGGCAUGUUCUGGGCGGCAGCGCUCGGCGUCGGAGUCGUCACGUGCAGCGUCGCCUCUGUCCGUCAGAAAAACGCCGCCGCGGCUUCGACGUCCGUCAACCUGACGGCGGACGGCACGCUGGGGAGGGUUUUCAGUCGCGGGCCGUUCCGUGUGAUUGAGGAAAAUGUGCGACCUCGGGAAUGCGCCUUCGCCCAGUUCACGCCUCUUCAUUUCUUUUCUUCGAUACAUUGUGAAUAAGGUUCGUUGCAGCCCCAGUUCUGAAGCGAGUUCGUAGCAUAAGGAAGCCGUUGCGUACGUCAAGUUUUGAGGUGCCUCAAAACUAAAUUCGUAGCAUAAGGAAGCUAUUUUUGAGGCGCCUCAAAAAUAGACUCCUCACGCUUCGUAGCAUAAGGAAGCCGUUGCGUACGUCCUCAUGCCAUCCACGCCUCGGCUCGGCAUCACGUUCUGGGCGGCAGCUCUGGGCGUCGGGGUCGUCACGUGCGCCUUCGCCUUCGCCCGUAAAAAAAACGCCGCCGCCUCGACGCUCUCUGCCAACCUGACGGCGGAUGGCACGCCGGGGAAGGUUUUCAGUCGCGGGCCGUUUCGAGUGGUUGAGCAGAACGUGCGACCUCGGGACUGCCCCUUCGCGCAGGAGCCUUUACCUAAGCCCAUGCGUCUGUGGGUCCCACUCCUAGACCUCCCCUGCAGCAACGAUACCCCUGAUUCCGCCCAGCCUUCUCCUGCUUCUCCUGCUGCUGCUGAAGCUGCACCUGAAGCAGCUCCUGGCGAUUCACCUGAUCAGGGGCAGGGAAACACCUGGCGGCAACAGAGGGGCACCUGGCAGGUGCCGGUGGUGGUGUUUCAGCACGGAUUUGCGUCUCAGAACUAUUUCUACUCCGACCUGCUCUCGAGAAUAGCCUCCCAUGGCUACAUUGUCGUGGCGCCACAGAUGUACUCCAUAUUAGCAGGAUUCGACACACUGCCAGAAAUGAAGGAUGCAGUGAAAGUUAUCAACUGGCUGCAUGCCAAUCUGGACUCCCUCAUUCACAUGCGAAUAAGGCCCACUGCACUGGAAGCUGCCCGGGCAGCUGAAAGGGCAGCUGGAAAGGGAACGGGCGAGUGGUCAGCUGAACGGGCAGCAGGAGACGAGGCAGUGGUGGCGCAACCUGAUUGGUCGAGGCUUGUGCUAGCAGGCCACAGCAGGGGAGGGAAGGUGGCGUUCGGUGUUUUAAGAGGCUUGGUGGGAUCCCUAGAAAUCGCAACACCAGCAAAACACGAGACUCCAACGCAGCAGGAUCAGCCCUUGAGGAAGAAUCAGGAAUCUCAGGAGCCAGACCUGCCAGUGCUUUUGAGGCGCCUCAAAAGCGCUCAGCAGGCGCAGCAGGCUCAGCAGGCUCAGCAGGCUCAGCAGGCUCAGCAGGGUCAGCAGGGUGAGCAGGAUCAGCCCUUGAGAAAGAAUCAGGAAUCUCAGGAGCCAGACCUGCCAGUGCCUAUUAAAGCUGCGCUGCUCUUUGACCCUGUUGACGGAACGGCUACUAAAGCCACCAAUCCCAUUACUCUCACUCACCAGCCGGAUUCCAUAUCCUUGCCAUUCAAUAACCCUCCUGUACUCGUUAUAGGCUCAGGCCUGGGGCCAAUCCCUAGGGGAGGCAAAUCUCCUACUGAUAGAGGUACCCCAUGCGCGCCCGAAAAUUUCGGGCACAAGGUCUUUUUCUCAGACCUGGUCGGGCCGGAGUACCAUUUUUCGGUGCCCGAGUUCGGCCAUGCUGACUUUUAUGACGACAAUUUGGGCCCGAUUUAUGGACCGCUGUUUAGCAGAGUGUGCAACAACGGGCCGGCUAGGGAGCCGAUGCGGGUGGCAGCAGGAGGGCUGGCAGUGGCGUUUCUCAAGGCUGUGGUUGGGGGAGGGGUGCCGCCUGGUGAUAGGACAGGUGGUGGCAUGGCACAUGCUGCAAGGACUUUAGAGGGGGAGAGACGGGCUUUGGAGCGACUAGUGGCAGAUUCUGCAGUUGAUGUAGCGACCGUAGCUGCUGCAGCAGAUGUAGCGACUGUAGCUGCUGCAGCAGAUGUAGCGACCGACAUGCAGAGUUCUCAGGAGCGAAUUACGAAGCAGGAGAGAAGGAGACUUGAGGAGGUGUUUCAGAAGAGUGGAGGCAGCGGCAAAGGGGUGUGUGGAGGGGCGUGUGGAGGGGCUGACUCUGGUUCGGGGGGCAGGGAAGGUCAACUGCACUCCAAUGGGAAUGUGGACGUGAUUGGUUCUAGGAGUGGGAUCGACUCCAGGGACCUCUGUGAUCUGUUGCAGCAUCCUGGGCAUUCUCCUGUGCUGUUGUCAGAUGUGGGGUGGAAGGUGGGGCGGCGGCAGGAAACACCUGAUGGAGUACCUGCCACGUUCUGUGGGGCUGCAACUGCUACAGCUGCUGCUACAGCUGCUGCUUCUGUUCUUGGCUGAUUUUCAAACAAAUACAUAUAUAUACAGUCUGUACAGAAAGUGUUUCCACUUAUGCAUCAAACCCCUUUGGAUUGGGGAGCAGCUAGCCACACAGGUGAAUGUAUAGGAUUACUC